GAUCGGCAACAGAAGCGGCGCGCUCGUGGUGGUGCUGGUGCUGGUGGGAGGUGUGUCGCUCGGCUGAACCGAACAUGGAGCUGGUGCUGAGGGCUGCUCUCGUUCUUUCAGCACUGACCGGCUGUGUCUCCAACAAAGCGAACAAACAUAAGCCAUGGAUUGAGACGGAGUACCAGGGCAUUGUCAUGGAGAACGAUCGCACAGUGCUUCUCAACCCUCCUCUCUUUGCAAUCGACAAGGAUGCCCCUCUGCACUAUGCAGGUGAAAUUUGUGGUUUCAAAAUUCACGGGCAGAACAUCCCCUUCGAGGCUGUGGUCCUGGAUAAGAUGACCGGAGAGGGCCUGAUCCGUGCCAAGGAGCCGGUGGACUGUGAAUCACAGAAGGAGCACACCUUCACCAUUCAGGCGCAUGACUGUGGAGAAGCCCCAGAGAGAACAAACAUGAAGCGAUCGCACAAGGCGUUGGUCCGGGUGCGAGUGAACGAUGUGAACGAGUUCGUGCCGGUGUUUGUGGAGCGGCGCUACCAGGUGUCGGUCAGUGAGGGAAAGCUGUACGAGCGGGUGCUGAAAGUGGAGGCAGUGGAUGGUGACUGCUCCCCCCAGUACAGCCAGAUCUGUUUCUAUGAGAUCCUGACGCCCGGCGUCCCCUUCACCAUUGACAACGACGGUAACAUCAGGAACACCGAGAAACUGGAUGUCAAAAAGCAGAGCCUCCACACGUUCACCGUCACCGCCUACGACUGUGGGAAGAAGCGAGCAGCCGAAGAUGCCGAGGUGGAGGUGCUGGUGAAACCCACCUGUCGCCCGGCUUGGCAGGGCUGGAACAAACGGAUUGAGUACGUUCCUGGUUCCCAGUCGAAGGCUCUCUUCCCUCACAUCCGCCUGGAGACCUGUGAUGAGGCUGUCUGGAAUGUCGAGGCCUUUGUCGAGCUGCAGACCAGCCACGUUGCCAAGGGCUGCGACCGGGACAACUACUCCGAGCGAACACUCCGCAAGCUGUGCGGUGCCAUACCUGGUGAAGUGGACCUCCUGCCAGCUCCGGGUGCCAGCUCGAACUGGACCCAGGGCCUGUCCACCUACUACAGCCAGGACUCCAGCCAGAUCUACUGGUUCAACGGCUCCCAGGCGGCGCAGUUGCCUGAGCGGCUGGGGGGGGCCUCGCUGUCGGACCUCUUCACCCUCUCCUAUUGGCUGAAGCACGGUCUGGGCGGCCAGAGGGAGACGGAAGCCGUGAUAUGUAACACGAUGGCCACAGGUGAGGGG